GGGGGGAAAAAGAAGCGUGAACUUGAACGCUGCUGCCUCCUUCACACCAGCUCCAGUCCAGGCGGAGGCCAGCCAGCCAGCCAGUCUGUUAUCUGUCCGUCCCCGGCGGUCAGCUUAUCGGAGUCGGAGCAGCUGGAAGAGGGGGGGAGGAGGGUGUUGUUUUAAGGGACCGAGGAAAGGUGCCAAACAGCGCGACGCGAUGUCCAGGCGCAAACUUGGGAGCCGACCGCAGCACCUGAGCGCAAUUCAAGCCCCAGAUGUCUGUGAUAUGGAGGAACCUUCAGACUCAUCAGAAGACCACCAUCUUCCUCCUCCUGCUCUUCAGGUUGGGACCCCUGAAGAUGGCCGUGACCUGCUAACCUGCGGGCAGUGCAGCCAGGCCUUCCCCCUCGCCCACAUCCUGGCGUUCAUUCAGCACAAACAGGGCGGCUGUGUCUCACAGAACCAAGCCACAUUCGCCACUCCUCCUUCGCCUGCCAGUAGAGCAGGACGCCAGCGGGUCGCCGGUUCGGAGCCACGACCCGGCUUCAUCGAGCUCCGGAGAGGGGCUUCCAGGGAGCGGUCCGGUGGGGAGGAACCCGGUCUUAGUGUGAGACCAGACCUAAGCAAACCAGGAUCUCAAGAGCCUUCCUUUUUCACUUGCCUUCAGUGUGAUGGUGUGUUUUGUUCAGCAUGGGCGCUCCUGCAACACGCUCAGCACAUGCACUCCUUCAACAUCUACCAAGAGGAUGAGGAGGACGAUGCAUACGUUGGUUUAAGAGAUGGUCUAAAUGAAAACAAACCUGCGGCUUCUGUUCUUGAUCCACGUCACCUGAACCAGGCUCUGGCCUCGGCCUUUCAGCCCUCGACUCUGCGACGCUCCCGUCAGAGCCAGGCCACCUCAGCGAGCCUCCAGGCUAUGAACUUCUCGGUGCAGCUCAAGAAGCUUGCUGAGGGGAACAACACCAAUGGUACCUACCCCAUGGGCCCCGUGUUGUCUCCAUCUUCAUCUCCCCCAGCAGCUUCAACGUUUCCUCAGACCAGCACACUCCAGGCUGAUUUCCACUGUGAGCUGUGCGACCAGAACUUCCACUCGUUGCGCGCUCUGUCUGCCCACCGCCGGACUCAUGCCUGUGAGAGGCCCUACCACUGUGGUGUGUGCGGACAGGCCUUUGCUCAAAGUGGGCAGCUGGCUCGACAUAUAAGAAGCCACCACAGGGAGGCUACUGGUGGAGGAAGUGGAUGCGAGUCUGUGGAGACGGUCCUGAUGGAGGAGGAUAUUGGGAGGCAGGGGGUUAGAGGAAGGCUUCAGGGGGCAGGGAUGGUGGGAAAAGAGCUAGAUCUGACUCAUCCAAAACACCCCUCCGUAGCCUCAGGCCUAAUGCUGUUAAACUCGCAGCUUAGACCACCUGACAAGGAGUUACUCAGGCUUUACCAGCACCACAGAGCUGGUGGUGAGGAGGCAGCUGAGGGGCAGGGGGAGCCGCAGCCUGCCUCACCCUGUGCCAGCCCCUCUGAAGGCUCCCUGGAGAGCGGAGAGACGGGAGGGAGUGGAGAAAGCGGCAUCGCAAGCGGCAACUGCACCCCAAAACGUCCAGAAAUGGGUGAGAGGGCACGAGGAGUGGGAGAGUGGGAGAACGAACGAGAACUUGUGGAGAGGGAGAAGGAGUGGGGCUCUGGUGUGCAGGAGUGGCAGAGGGACUUUGACAGGAGGAGCACCGCAGGAGGAACGGCCAUCAGCGGAGCAAACACCAACUCUGCUCCCAGUUCAACUGGGAAGAAGAAGAAAGACGAGGCCUGCGAGUUCUGUGGUAAACAAUUCAGAAACAGUAGCAACCUGACCGUACACCGCCGAAGCCACACGGGCGAGCGGCCAUACCGCUGUGGCCUCUGCAACUACGCCUGUGCUCAAAGCUCCAAGCUGACACGUCACAUGAAGACCCAUGGUGCCCAGGGGGCCAAGGCUUCCUUCCUGUGCCAGCUGUGUGCCGUGCCCUUUACAGUGUACGCCACCCUGGAGAAACAUCUGAAAAAAGUCCACGGUUUGAGCCAUGCUAGCGUGGGGGCCUACGCUCAGGCCAGCGCUGCCGACACUUUGGCUCUAUUAAGAGCAGGAGAGGAGCUGGGAGCGGCAGCAGUGGUGAAAACGGAGGACGACGAGGAGAGUAAGGUGCAGGGGGAUGCGGUUAGAGACAUGGAGGUCGAAGAAGGUGGCGGGAGUCCAGCUACAGUGGAGGAUCUCCCACAAGAAAGCAGCGCAGAGGUGAGCCUAGCUUUGGCUUCUGCUCACUGAAAAAAUGGCUUUGAGUCACAUUAGGGCCGCACAUGCUAUCAAAGUAAAGAUGCUGCAUCACUGUCAGCAGCGGCAGGUCGCCCCAGUGUUGAGGCCCGCUGCAGCCAGCAGCAGUUCAUAAUCAUAUGCAAAGCUGCUGGCUGAAACUAAGUGCCUACAGUUCUUCAGACCACAGAGAAAAACAAGUCCGUGACAUUCAGCAGGGAGAUUACCAUACCUCGUGAACAGGAAGUGCUGCCGCAGUCCACACCAACACAGGAAGCUGAUCACCAUGCUGCAGCGCAAAAUGCAAAAGAAUAAAAGUGUGUUUCACUUCUCUAGCGACCCACUGGACAGAUGGCGACACAUCUCCAUCAGAGCAAACACUGACAAAAAAAAAAAAAAAAA